GACCUACUUCCUGGCAGGUUUCCUACAGUGUGUGAUUAUGUCACAGCAGGCAGACAAGGUCCCAGAUCAAAGUGCAUAGGAGACCAGGACUGUUCUUCUGCAGCCUUCUCCUCCUGGCACAAAGAUGGACUAUAAGAAGUUAGCAGACGAUGUCUCGCAGAAGAUUUUCUCGUACAGUCAGGAUGCAUCUGGCUGGAAAGUAGUAAAAAAUACAAAAAAUAUUACAGUUUCAUGGAAACCAUCCAAUGAACAUUCAGGAAAUAUAUAUCGCGGAGAGGGAAUAAUUGAAGAAGCCCCAGAAAAAGUCAUUCCAUUUAUGUAUCUUGCUGAAUACAGGUCCAAGUGGGACAAAGCCCUCAAAUCUUAUUCCAUUGUAGAAGAGGUUGAUGAGGACACUGUAGUUUGUCACUGUAUCACACACAGUUAUGGUAUGGGCAUUAUCUCAUCAAGAGAAUUUGUGGAUCUGGUGCACGUCAAGAGAUACGACGGAGGAGUUAUCACUACUAAUUCUGUCAGCUUGGAACAUGACAAAUGCCCAGUAACUAGUUCCCAUGUACGUGGCUUCAAUAAUCCAUGUGGAUAUGUUUGUUCUCCGCUACCUGAGAAUCCUGCACAUUCCAAACUUGUGGUGUUCAUCCAGCCGGACUUGGGAGGCUUGCUGCCACGAGCUGUGGUGGAAACGGCUCUACCGAGCAACGUGGUCGGUCUCGUCAGUGACGUUAGAGAAGGAAUAAAAAAACUUUUACACUAAAGGUGUACGUUCUAUAAGAAUAUCUAAAUAUGGCACUUACAGCUGCAGACCCACAUGCUCUUUAUUUUUAUUUUGAGUGACAAGUUUUGUAACUGUUUAAUGUAAAUCAGAUUUUUCUAUGUUCUUCAAUAAAUGCAUGUUUACUUUUCACAAAGUCUCUGUGCGGGAGACUGAUGUGGCCAGAGUCUCCCUGCUGGAGUGCAUUUACAUUUCACAUUGCACUGCAGCUUGUACCCAAGGGGAGAGACACCUGAUGUGAGUCAGACACCUUGCCUCCACACAGAUGACACGGACAGGGUGUUGUGAAUCAGCAUGCUGAGAAGAGGGAAUGGCUAAAUCUUCUCUCCUCACUACAUCACUUGUCAUGUGACUGUGGUUGCCAUGGUAGUCGUAUGAUGCUUGCCAAUCUGUAAAUCCUUAACAGCAGCUUGAAGAAGAAGAAAAAAAACUGUUUGGGUAAAAGAAUGUGACUAUUGUAAAAUGGAGUGAUUCACGUUUUAAAAAAUCCACAAUUAUUUAUUUUAUGGGAUUGCAGAUUUAAGGGUAAUAGGCCCUACACACUGGGCGAUAUUACUGAAAGAUAUGAACGAUCCCAUUCAUUAAUGAAUGAGAUACCGUUCAUAUCUUUCAGUGUGGCGGCACCAGCGAUGAACGAUGCGCGGUCCCGCGCUCGUUCAUCGCUAGUGCCCCGUCGCUUGUGCAUGCAGGCCAAUAUGGACGAUCUCGUCCAUAUUAGCCUGCACUGCUAUGGAGCCAGGUGACGGUGGGAGUGAAGAAACUUCACUCCCCCCCACCGCCGGGUCGCCCGUAUCCACCGUCGGGCAGCUCGGCUGGCGGAUUGCAUAGUGUGUAGGGCCCUUAAGAUCGCACCACUAGGUAAGGUGCAAGGUGUCAUAGCCAACUGCAUGUUCAGCGUGAUCUUGUCAUUGAAUUUUCUACUACAAUGUACUGUAUAUAAACAUAUAUUAUUACCAUAUGCAAUAUGAUAUUGGUGAUCCCUAAUUUACUGUCACUGGUGUCACUUCCCAGACUUUAUAUAAAUAGUUUCAGUGGACAGCACACGGAAGACCCUCGAUAUUACGUGUGUGUGCAGUAUGGACUACAUAGAGAGGUGUAUGACACCACACGUUUCCAGAUGUCAUUACUCUGAGCUGCUGGGAGUCCCCCGCUACAGUAUUUGCACUGCCUGUUAGUCUGCGGCUGUCUUGUUCCCCUUGGCCUCCUUCCUUACAUGACUAUACUGCCCGUCAUGUGUAAUCCUGUUCUCACAAGUGGACAGGUCACUGCCUCUUCUGAAAUACCCCGUACUACUGUGAACAUUUGGAUGAUCUGAUUGGCUACAGGUUCUUCUGUCUGUUCUAACUACAAAACUAAGGGAUCUAUUUACUAAGCCUUGGAGAGAGAUAAAGUGGACGACGAUAAAGGGGUCUGUUCAUAAAGCAGUGAAAUGGAGAAGUGAGCCAGUGGAGAAGUUGCCCAUGGCAACCAAUCAGCACUGAAGUAACAUUUAUCAUUUGCAUGCUAUAAAAUUAUACAGAGCAGCUGAUUGGUUGCCAUGGGCAACUUCUCCACUGUCUCACUUCUCCACUCUUUUCACUGCUUCGUGAAGAGACCCCCAAUUACCAGCCAACCAGCUCCUAACUGUCAUUUUUCAAAUACAGUCUGUAACAUGGCAGUUUGGAGCUGAUUGGCUGGUACUUUAUCUCCGUCCACUUUACCUCUCUCCACGGCUUAGUAAAUAGACCCCUAAGAUCAUUAUGGAUGACAAGGAGCUGAAAAACAGUAUUUACCUGUACUACUAUUGCGUCACCUUCUGGAAACUUCUGUGCAUUACAGUUUUGGGCUACUGAGGCAGGUAGUCCCUGAUGUCAUGCAAUAGGAUGCCUAGCUUCUUAAAUUGUAUGCCUUGGCAUACCCACGUAAGCCAUAUCUAUUUCAUGCAGAGAGACACAAAUUCCUAUACAGUGUAAAGGUGCAUACACACGGUGUGCUAUAACCUUGCGAUUUUGACUAUAUAGUCAAAAUCGCAAGGAAAGUUAGUGCAUAUCGCUCCGUGUGUACACAGCUUGCGAUACCGAUGUGCGGUCCCUCGGGAUCGCAAGGUUAGAUAGACUGUACAGGCAAGUUAAUUUUUAUAUAGUAUAGUCGGCCAUAGCCAGUAUCACACAAAGCCAAUAUUGCAUUGUCAAAAUCGAACGUAGGGGGUAAUUCUGAGUGGAUCGCAGCAGGAACUUUUUUAGCAGUUGGGCAAAACCAUGUGCACUGCAGGUGUGGCAGAUGUAACAUGUGCAGAGAGAGUUAGAUUGUUUCUGUGCAGGGUAAAUACUGGCUGCUUUAUCUUUACACUGCAAUUUAGAUUACAGAUUGAACACACCCCACCCAAAUCUAACUCUCUCUGCACAUGUUAUAUCUGCCUCCCCUGCAGUGCACAUGGGCCCUCAUUCCGAGUCGUUCGCUCGGUAAAUUUCAUCGCAUCGCAGUUAUUUUCCGCUUAGUGCGCAUGCGUAAUGUCCGCACUGCGACUGCGCCAAGUAAUUUUGCAAUGAAGAUAGUAUUUUUACUCACGGCUUUUUCUUCGCUCCGGCGAUCGUAAUGUGAUUGACAGGAAAUGGGUGUUACUGGGCGGAAACAGGCCGUUUUAUGGGCGUGUGGGAAAAAAACGCUACCGUUUCCGGAAAAAACGCGGGAGUGGCUGGAGAAACGGAGGAGUGUCUGGGCGAACGCUGGGAGUGUUUGUGACGUCAAACCAGGAACGACAAGCACUGAACUGAUCGCAGAUGCCGAGUAAGUCUGAAGCUACUCUGAAACUGCUAAGAAGUGUGUAAUCGCAAUAUUGCGAAUACAUCGUUCGCAAUUUUAAGAAGCUAAGAUUCACUCCCAGUAGGCGGCGGAUUAGCGUGUGCAAUACUGCUAAAAUCGCCUUGCGAGCGAACAACUCGGAAUGACCUCCAUGGUUUUGCCCAACUGCUAACAAAAUUCCUGCUGCGAUCAACUCAGAAUUACCCCCAUAGCCAAAAUCUCACCAUGUGUGCACCUUAAGUUUGCUUGCAGGGUCACCUUACUUCUGUCUAUCUUUUAAUAGCUAGUCUUGUUUUAUUACUGGUUUUUCCAAAUUGUAAAGUGUAAUAGAAUAUGAUGGUGCUAUAUAAAUAAAUGUUAAUUAUAUUGUUUACAGUUCCCUUUGUUGUAAUGUAAAUAGAUUAAAGCAACUGUCUUGUGGUCA